ACUCAUUAAUUCGCCUUUCGAGAUUACAAUAAGUUUACAUGUAGUAGCACGAAGAUAGUGCUGCCAUCGUACACCAUUUUAGAGCAACUAAUAAAAAAAAAUAACAAAUUUUAUUUAUACCCUGUGGCGGGUACUUCAUAAUCUCAUACACGUUUUGUGUCGCCGCCAUCGUAUACGCUGUUCCCGUGCUAAGUGUUUUAAUUCGAAUAUUUGGCUAUAAUUCGCGUGUUUUAUCAUGGGAAAACGUAAGUUUAGGGAUGAUGAAGAAUACUACGCACGGAAAAUAAAGAAGUUGGAGCAGAAAAUGAGAAAAGUGCGACGGGAACGCCGAGGGGAGUCGUCGGACUCGGAGUCGUGGAGUUCGGAGUCGUCGGAUGCAGACCAGUACGAGGAGGAAGUGGUAAAUGAGCUUGAUGUGGAUCAUGCUUCCGAGCUGGAGGUUCCGCAAACCGAAGGACCCCAAGAGGAAAACCAACCGUCUCCAGUCCUUGAUCCUCAGCUGGAAACAACGCCGCAGUUAGAUCCGAGUAUUUUGAACAUUCUAGGUGACGAACCGGCUAAAGAAGAAAUAUUUAGCAAGGCUGUCCACAAGGAUGUUGCUAGCCGAUGGUCCGAUAUACUAAUCAAUGGUUUAAAGGAUGAUGUCAAAAAGGAGAUUAUUUCUUGUCACGACAUCCCUGAGAAUCUUACGUUACUGCAGAGUCCUAUACUAAACCCUGAAAUCAAAGCAGCGGUCAACGAAAAUGCGCUUAAGAGAGACGUUAUCUUAUCAGAAAAACAGAAAAGUAUGGCUUGCGUCUUGACAUGUAUAGCCGACUUAAUGUCCUCGAAUUUAGAAAAUCAUUCUGACGCCGCAGAGAAUAAAGAAAGUUUGAAGUUACUCAGCGAUGCAGGCCGCUUGUUAUGCCAUGUACAUUAUGAAGAGACUUCAGCUAGAAGGAACUUCUUACAAGCUUGUCUUAGCAAAGACGUCAAAGACAAUAUAAAGGACCUGAAAAGAGACAGAUUUCUUUUUGGUACCGAUCUUUCAGAGAAACUGAAAUCUAUGAAGGCGAUAACGAAGACGGGCGCGGAGAUGAGACCCGCCUCAACGAAACCGAAGCCUCCACCUAAGAGCAGACCGGCUGAAGCGGGACCUUCGAGGGCUUUAAACUGGCGGGGCCCGCCACCGCCGGCACCUCGGCGCGCGUACGCGAGGACGAGCUCGACGGCUGGUGGGCGCAGGCAGCCGGCAGCGGCGCCGCGCGGCAGCGCGCGCCGCGACCCGCGGCCGCGGAGCAGCAGGCCGGCCGCCAGUCGGCGCUAAG